CACACCGAGACUAGGAUGUGAAAGCGUGAAAAACUUAUCUCUGUAAAACAUUUACUGAAGAAAUCAUCGAAAAAACGGAAAUUAUGCGAAGCGAAACCAUCAUGUCAUUAGUAGUGUUGUGCUGCUUUCUCGUGAUCUUUGCCAAUUGUGUUACAGCGGCAGAGCUUAAAACACAUCAGUUAGGUUUUGCUCAAUUUGAAUGCUUUUCCUGCUACAGUCGGUCCUCAGCAUGUGGUAGUAGAAUGAAUGCAGAAUCAAUGGCUGUGGCCUCCAAACAGAGGUGCAGAAGUAAAUGCUUUCUUAGGAUCGAUGGUCCAACCGUGUACAGGGAUUGUUUUGACGGCUGGAUAGGCGGGAUGGUGGACAGCAGCUAUAACGGCUGUAGAACACAGUUCCUCCAAGGCAGGUCUAUGGAAUGGUGCUUCUGCGAGGGGCAUCUCUGCAACGGGGCCACGCGAGAGGACUUGGCGAAAAUCUUCCGCCAGGUGGAAGCACCUUUUAACAUUUUUACUCAAGAAACGACUAAAUCACAGCCAGAAGUGCCGGAUACAAUUGAGUACGGUUCAAAGUCACAGGAGCGAGAGGGAAAAUACUCUGAUGACCGCGAGCAAGAUGGGGACGGUUUGCCAAAACGUGGCUCGAAAACGAAUGAAUACAACACGGUGUCCAAAGCUGUCGAAUCCGCUGCACAAGCACCGGAGAAAACAAUACAAAAAGUCGUUGGAGAGGAAGAAGAAAGGUCGGACGAUGAACCGCAAGCGGACUUCCCGAAUAGCUUCGAUCAACUAAGCCGUUACGUCGCUACGCCACGUGCGAUCCCCGAGAUCAAGAACGACCGAGAAAGCGCGUCUCAUUUAAUAGAAGACGGGGAGUUCGUAGAGGAGGGGUAUAACGACGGUGUGCCCUUUUCAGUGGACAUCAGUGACAGAAACAACCGACCGUCAUUUCAGCCCGUCGAAGUGUCAUAUUCUGAAGGUAUUAGUUGUUACGAAUGUACCAGUGGUUCGCAAUCGUGUGGUGAGCGCGUGUAUGAAGGAGGGUUCCUCUCCAAGACAGCCUGCAGGACCAAGUGCUACACUAGAAGCGAAAAUGGAAACAUAUUCAGAGGGUGUUUCGACGGAUGGAUCGGCAGUGUGGUCCACUCGGACUACAUCGGCUGCCAAAAACAGUCAUACCGCAGCACAGAUGUCACGUGGUGUUUCUGCGGGACUGAUUUGUGUAAUGGCCAGAGCAUAGAGCAGUUAGGAAGACGUUUAAACCCCACGUACAUAGGCAUAAAUACUGAACACAGGCAUGGAUACAUUGGAAAGGACAGGAUCUCUUAUCAAGAAGGGUCGAGGGAAUUUAAUCACCAAAAGAACAUAGAACCUUCAUAUAACAGACGUCUGUAUGGUGUUGACCCCAUCCCAAUGUAUGCAAAACCAACGAAGACAGAGGUCAAUCCGUUGAACGAAGACUCUAAGUUCAUCAGACUGCGAAGCGCCUGCUAUGGGAAAGCAGACGGGCCCCACUCGGACCCACUCGACUGCUCCGCCUUCAUUCACUGCUCACACGGCGUCGGCUAUAAGAAGUAUUGCCCGCCAGGAACCGCAUGGGACAAUCGCCUGAAACACUGUAAUUUUUCAAGGAGAGUUUCGCCUCCGUGCGAGGCGCCAUAUCAGUGAAUGUGUCCUCAUAGUUGGUAUUGGGCAGUUGUUGAUUUAUUGUUCAUUGGUCGUAGGCCGUUAUAAAUUAACACGAGGGAUGUUUGAGCGGUCUAUGUAGACCA